CCGAGGUUUGAAUCCACCCCACAGAGUGAAGUCAAUUUCUAUGACCACAUUUACACAACAAGAAAUAGAAUUCCUUCAGAAACAUGGCAAUGAAGUGUGCAAACAAAUUUGGCUAGGAUUAUUUGAUGAUAGGUCUUCUGCAAUCCCAGAUUUUAGAGAUCCACAGAAAGUGAAAGAAUUCCUUCAAGAAAAAUAUGAAAAGAAGAGAUGGGUAUGUACCGCCAGAAACAAGCCAGAGUAGUGGCUUCUGUUCAUGCCUCUAUAUCUGGGUCCUCAGCAAGUAGUGCUAGUAGUACACCAGAAGUCAAACCAUUGAAAACUCUCUUGGGAGACUCUGCACCGACUCUACACCUGAACAAGAACACCCCUAGCCAGGUGCCCCAGCAACAGCAUCUUCAUCAUCAUCAUCACCACCAUCACCAAGAGAAAAAGUUUGACCUUCUGAGCGACCUUGGAGGAGACAUCUUUGCUACGCCUGCGCCUCAGCAAGCUGCCACCGCGAACUUUGCCAAUUUUGCAAACUUCAACAGUCACACAGGUACCAAUGCAAAUGCAAACUUUGCUCAGUUUGAUAACUUUCCCAAAUCCUCCAGUGCUGACUUUGGAGCCUUUAAUUCCACCGGAGCCAGCAAAACCACUGCAGUCAGUAAACCUAGCCAGCCUUCAGCGGAUAAAUACGCAGCUCUUGCUGACCUAGACAGUAUCUUCAGCAACCAGCAAGGUGGUAGCGGUCUCUUUAGUAGUGCAGCUGUUUCUGCAACAUCUGGCCCAGUGGCCUCAUCUGCAACAGAAAACAGUGUUUUUGGAAUACCUGCUGCAGUCCCUGCAGCACACGCGCACCCCACGCCACCAGUCGCUGGAACCUUUGGAGCACCUGCUUCCACAACCCAUUUGUGUCAGCUUCCGUUGCACAAGCUGUUAAUCCAUUCCAGACAAAUGGGCGAGCAGCACCAGGAAUCCGUGAUGGGCAAACAGAGAUGGAGUUUCCAGCUGCUCCAUUUCACCCAUUCCACCAGACCAGACUACCGACAGCCGCAGCGAUGGAUGUCUCUUCUUUUGGCACAGCCUCUCUAAGCAUGCCCGCAGGCUUCGGGACAUCAGCAUCUUAUAGUCUUCCGACCAGCUUCAGUGGCUCUUUCCAUCAGCCUGCAUUCCCUGCCCAGACAGCCUUUCCCCAACAGACUGCUUUCUCCCAGCAACCCAAUGGUAAUAUACAAGGAGCUGGUUUUGGUGUGUUUGCUCCAGCAAAGUCAGUGGUUACUCCGUUUGGACAAGUUGCAGCUCCUGCGGUCUCUAGCAAUCCUUUCAUGGCUGGAGGACCUACGGGACAGUUUCCAGCAGGAAGUUCAUCAACCAAUCCUUUCUUAUAG